CGGCGGCCCCACCCCGGCGGCGCCGCCCGUCCGUUCGCCCGCGCGUCUCUCCGUCCACCUGCAGCAGGCAGUCCCUCUGGCUGUCCGACUGAGCGGCGCCGGCCGAGCCCGACGCCUGGGCUCUUGCUCCCCGGCGGAGGGAUCCACGGUAGCUGAGGAGGCGGCGCUGAGAUUAGGUGGAAGAGGCAGCUACGGCGGCGGCGGCGGUAGCGGCGGCGGCACCUCGGACUGCAGCGCAUAAAGGAGCCGCCGCCGGGUGAUGCGGUGACCGCUGCGGCAGGCUCAGGAGCCAAGUGGGCCCCGGCCCUCAGUCCGUCCUGCCGGACUCGCGCUCCCGAACUCCCCAUCUUCUCCGGCCGACCCGCGAUCACCGAGGCGGCCUCGCGCCCCCUCGCCCCUUCCCCGUCCCUCCCCUGUCCCCGUCCCCGCCCCGGGGGCCACCGCCACCCGCCUCCCACGAUGGCUCUGAAGAGAAUCCACAAGGAAUUGAAUGACCUGGCACGGGACCCCCCAGCACAGUGUUCAGCAGGUCCUGUUGGAGAUGAUAUGUUCCAUUGGCAAGCUACAAUAAUGGGGCCAAAUGACAGUCCCUAUCAGGGUGGAGUAUUUUUCUUGACAAUUCAUUUCCCAACAGAUUACCCCUUCAAGCCACCUAAGGUUGCAUUUACAACAAGAAUUUAUCAUCCAAAUAUUAACAGUAAUGGCAGCAUUUGUCUUGAUAUUCUCCGGUCACAGUGGUCUCCAGCACUAACUAUUUCAAAAGUACUCUUGUCCAUCUGUUCUCUGUUGUGUGAUCCCAAUCCAGAUGAUCCUUUAGUGCCUGAGAUUGCUCGGAUCUACAAAACAGAUAGAGAAAAGUACAACAGAAUAGCUCGGGAAUGGACUCAGAAGUAUGCGAUGUAAUUAAAGAAAUUAUUGGAUAACCUCUACAAAUAAAGAUAGGGGAACUCUGAAAGAGAAAGUCCUUUUGAUUUCCAUUUGACUGCUUUCUAUGAGCCCACGCCUCAUCUUCCCCUGUGCACAUGUUUACCUGAUACAGCAGUGCUGCGUGUUGUACAUACUUGGAACAACAAACUAGAAAUACUGUACUUCUGUACCAACAUUGCCUCCUAGCAGAGAAGUGUGUGUGUGACAAGCCAGUUCUCCAGGCGUAACCUAGGUGUGAGACUAAAAGUUUUCCUUAUUGACUUAAAUUUGGAUAACGGCAAGGUGAGGGGUGGUGGGUAUGGUGUGUGCUUGGAUGGGGAAGAAAAGCUCCACUGACCUGUAGGAGAUUGUUUUUAAGUGGAAUCCUUUUAAACUCAGAACAGUUAUGAAAAGCAAGGUGAAGAACACGAAGCUGUUUCUGUAUUUUAUUCUGAAGGACCUACAUCUUAGGUGAAAGUUAUGACCAACCAGAUUAAACUCUACCCACAUCCUGUAUUUUAAGGUCUAAGUUUAACUGGUCAACAUUUAAAUGGAUUGGAGCUAUUAGUACAUAAAGUGUGAUGGGCUUUGGUCCCACAUCUUUUGCAUCUCCCCACCCUUCACCCUUUGUCCUUUCAGCCCCCUUCUCUCUUCCACAUUCUUUGGUUUGUAUGUGGUUUCUCAGUUAAUACAUAGCUAAUAGCUCUUAUUUUUCUUAUGUUUUUAACUGCUUAGGUCUAUCUGGAUGUAAGGGUGAAAAUUCAUUUGAUGGAAAUACUUGUGUAUAUUUAAAGACCCAAUUGCUCCUCUGGAGCUUGUACGUUCAAGAAUGAUUAAUCUGUGUAAUAAACUGAUUACUACAGUCAUUACAUAUAA